AUGAAACUCUUUGAGAGCAAGCCGUUGGCAAACAGUGGCGGGGGCAGCGGCGAGCUGCGCAACAAGGAGGUGCUGCAGAGCGUGAGCAAGCGGCUGGCCAACUGCGAGCACGUCGGCCUCCAGAAGAAGCGCAUCCUCCGCGAGGACGAAAUAUUCGACCCCACCGACCCCAAGAUACGCGAGGACAUCAUCAGCAUGAUCGUGCAGUAUCUGCAGGACAGCGGGUACACGUCGUCGGCGAUGACGACCCAGGACGAGGCCAACGUGAAGAUCUACGAAGAGCUCGAGCAGCGCGUACAGCUCAAGGCCAUGCGCAAGGCCAUCCUCGAGGGGGAUUGGAAUGAGGUGGAGAAGCUGCUCACCAAGAACAUGUUCAAAAACCAAAAGGCGUUCAUGUACGCGGUCUACAAGCAACAGUAUCUCGAGCUGCUGGAAAAGCAGGAGUACCAGCGAGCCUUUACACACUUGACCAAGCGACUGAAGCCGCUGGAGCGAUACGCCGGCAGCCCCGAGGAGUUCAAGGACCUGUGCUUCCUGCUGACCUGCAAGAACAUCCAGGACGCCCCCUCCUUCAAGAACUGGGACGGCGCCAAGGGCAACUCCAGGGAGCACGUGGUGGAGCAGUUCGAGGCCAUGUUCCAUUUGGAAAUCCGCCGUUUGGGCCAGGCCGUGGCCUAUCAGAUGGAGUUUACGCGCUACCACCCUAAGGUCGCGCCCAAGAUCAACACGCUCUUGGAGGACUACAGCCCGUUCCUGCUGCCCAACGCGCUGAAGAACACCCUCACCGGCCACGCGGCCAAUGUCAAGUGCGUCGAGUUCGUGGGCGAGGAGGGCUUGACCCUCGCCUCCGGCUCCAGUGAUGGCACGAUCAAAAUCUGGGAGGCGGAGACGGGGUCAUGUCUGCACACCCUCCACGGUCACACCUCCCGCGUGUGGGACGUCUCCUCGGCUCCCUCCGGCCUGUUCCUGGCCUCCGCGUCGGGUGACGCCACCGCCAUGUUGUGGGAUCUCGGUCGGCAAGCCGUGGUCAGCACCAAGACGUUUAAGGGUCACGAAGGAGACGUGUACACCGUUCACUUCCACCCGGGCGAGAACCACAUCGCGACGGGCGGCUACGACAGGGCGGUCAACCUGUGGGACGUGCGCACGGGCCAGCUGAUGAAGAAGUUCAGCGGCCACAGCGCGUCGGUAUCGCACGUCAUCUUCAACCCCUACGGCAACCUCAUCAUCUCCGGCUCCAAGGACAACACCGUCAAGUUCUGGGACAUCACCUCCGGCCUCUGCAUCAAAACCUACAGCACCUACCUCGGGUCCGUGUUCCACUCGCGCCAUGUGACGUCGGUCGCGAUGAGCCACAACGGGUCGCUGCUGCUGACUUCGUCCAAGGACAACUCCAACCGCCUGUGGGACGUGCGCACGGCGCGACCCAUCAGGAGGUUCAAGGGCCACCAGAACACGUCCAAGAAUUUCCUUCGCGCCUCCUUCGGCCCCAACGAGUCCCUCAUCGUCGGCGCGUCUGAGGAUGAGAUGAUCUACAUAUGGGACAUCAUGACAGGCGAUCUCCUGCAGACGCUCAAGGGCCACACGGGCACUGUCUACACGACCACCUGGAAUCCCCACCAGUCCCUCCUCGCCAGCUGUGGUGACGAUGGAACGGUGAAGACGUGGUGGUACGACGAAAGCGUGUCACUCUUUGGCGAGGACUAG